GGGCGUGGCUGUUUCCGUCACUUAGCUUCGUUCUGGGUUCCUUCGUUACGUGAGGCCGACUUGGAGGGAAGUGGACGUUGCCAAGAAGAAAAGAAAUAGGCGAAGGGAGCAGAAACAGCAAAAAGCACCACUUAAAAGCUGCUUCAGGAGCAGUGAAGUGUCUUCAUGGCAGUUCGUCGAGGACACAUUAAGUAUAUGAAAGCUGACUUGCAGGAGGUGUAUGACAUGUCGAACGGUUAUGAAGACCACAUGGGAGGGGAUGAGGGGAAGGAUGCUAAGACCAACCUGAUCGUGAACUACCUCCCUCAGAACAUGACGCAGGAUGAGCUGCGGAGCCUCUUCAGCAGCAUUGGGGAGGUGGAGUCUGCCAAGCUAAUAAGAGACAAAGUUGCAGGCCACAGUUUAGGGUACGGAUUUGUUAACUAUCUUAACCCUAGUGAUGCAGAAAGAGCUAUCAGUACACUGAAUGGACUAAGGCUACAGUCCAAAACUAUCAAGGUGUCAUAUGCACGGCCCAGCUCGGACACAAUAAAGGAUGCUAACCUGUACAUCAGCGGACUUCCCAAGAACAUGACCCAGAAGGACGUGGAGGACAUGUUCUCACGUUACGGGCGUAUCAUAAAUUCCCGGGUUCUUGUUGAUCAAGGUACAGGUACGCAAGGUUCAUCCCGUGGAGUGGCUUUUAUCCGUUUUGACAAGCGUGCAGAAGCGGAGGAGGCUGUCAAAAACCUAAAUGGUCAAAAGCCACCAGGAGCCUCGGAGCCAAUCACAGUAAAAUUUGCAGCCAACCCAAACCAGGUGAAGAACACACAGCUCCUCUCUCAGCUCUACCACAACCAAUCCCGACGCUUUGGAGGACCCUUACACCACCAGGCACAGCGGUUUAGGUUUUCUCCCAUGGGUGUCGAUCACAUGGGCAGCAUGGGAGGCGUCAGUGUCCCUGGAAACUCCACCUCUGGCUGGUGCAUCUUUAUCUACAACCUAGGCCAGGACGCAGACGAGAGCAUCCUGUGGCAGAUGUUCGGUCCCUUUGGUGCCGUGACGAAUGUCAAGGUGAUCCGAGAUUUCAACACCAACAAGUGCAAAGGCUUUGGCUUCGUUACCAUGACAAACUACGAGGAGGCCGCCAUGGCCAUCGCCAGCCUGAAUGGCUACCGGCUCGGAGACAAGAUACUGCAAGUGUCCUUUAAGACCAGCAAGGGCCACAAGUAGAAUAAGCCGGACAAUCAGGUGUAGAAGAAAGCGGGAAGUAACCCAUGUCAGGCUUUUAUUGCAGAAAGCUUAAGUUUUCAAAGUUAGACACACCAGUUUCAGUUUCAUCAUAUUCAGAGUUAAGUGACAUGUUCACUCUUCUGCACCUUUGUAAUUGUCUCAAAAGUGUCUAGGGUUUUCUUUUCUUUUCUCCAUUGUUGUUUGUUUGGGGUUCAAGGACACUCAAUUUUAAUUUGGAGUGGAUGGAGAGGCUAAAAUCCCAAAUUACCACCAACAUCAUUUUUUUGUGAAACUUAUCUCAAAAACUAAAAUCCUGUCUAUAUGUGUUGCAUGUAAAGCUGUAGGAACUGCAUAAAGGAGGCAAACCAAUGAUUCUUAGCAGUGCACUAAAAACAAACAAAUCAGAACAUUGUAAAAGAUCCAAGUGUGAACUUUUCAAUGAAUGAUUUAGUGUAAAGAUAGGGUUAAAGACUGCCCUCCCCCUUUUAAUGAGACGGUUUUACUGCGGAAGAGCAGUGCUCUGUCCUGGUUCCUCAUCACAAGUAGAAAUAGAUGCCUUAAACUAUCAUACAGUGGACAUCCAGUAGACCUUUUAACUAUUCACUACUACAAGUCAGUCUAAGAGCAUAGCACUUUUAGCCAGCCAGCUUUAGGUUGCUCUGUAUAUCAGUCUUUUUGAUGGUAAUCUAUUACUUCUGUAUACCUUCCAGGCAGGUUUAAGAGUUCUUAAAAGAAACAGUGAGCCCUAGGAGGGAAAUGUUUGUUUUGUUAUCCAUAUGUAAAGUGUCUUUAAUUAUGAGUUGUUUGAUGCGAGUUGCAAAUGAACCCCAGUCAGUGAGUCACAAAUUAAAAUGGACCAAAGGCAGGGAGAGAUACUGAUAACCUCGCAAGAGUUUUUCUAAGCAGAUGUUCAAGAUAAAUAUUUUGGAGCCCAACUGAUACUGGAUUCUCAUUGGCCAAUGUUUGGUUUUUUUGUUCACCAUAAUCUGCAGAUACUUAAAACUUCUGUGAUUAAGCUGAAAUUUACAGGUAUCAGCUGAGCUCUACUUAUUAAUUUUUUUUCUUUUGUUCUUUUGAUGAGGUACUAAUUAUAUACACAUACUGAUUCUUACUGAGAGCAACGCCACUAGCUGUUUGCUGAUCUGUUGGUUUUUGUUUUGUUUUUUUCCUUUUACUUUUGAGUUAAUUUUAUCUUUUAUUUUCUUUUGAUUAUAUUUCUUUGUAGAUUCAUACAGUUUUGUUACCGUAUUAAGUUACAAACUUGUUUUAACGAGUGCUUAUCUCGAAUGGCCUUUGUUAUGGAUUUCAGUUUAGAUUUAAUUUUCUUCCUUUCUUUUGUUUUGCUUGUUUCCCUUUGAACAUAAACCAUUAAAUUUUAUUUUGUUUUGCUGCAAGUUUUGUUUGGUUUGUUUGUUUGGUUUUUUUAUUUGCCCUUUUAGAAUUGUUUUUCAGUUUUGUUUUAUUUCCCUCGGUAGCAAAUUUAGAGCGCUCCUAACACUUUGCUCGUCAAGCAAAAGUUUCUUCACUGGAAGCUUUUACACUUUUGAGAUGUUAACAACUUAUGGACCAAUGUAGGUUGAGAGGAUUUGAUGUUACUUAAACAAAACAGAUAUUUUAAGGCAAGUAAGCAUCUGUUAGAUGUUUUCCACAAUGAUUUUUGAAACAUGACACAAGUUCAACUGCAGAAGAGCAGCAAACUGAAUCAGUCUGUUGGCACUGCUGAUAGUUUUGCUGCCUGUAGUUAAUCCAAUUUCAGUAUCAUCAAUAGACAUCUAGCUGUAUGAAGCUGCUUUUAAUAUCUGGCUGUUAGUUUUGUAUUCUCACUAAAUUGUCCACUUGUCAGUGUAGGUAUCUAAUGAAACUAGUGAUUGUACACAAGCUAGUUUCCAUAUUUUAACUAGAAGUGUCAAAGAUUUAGGCUUUUAAAACCAAACGCACUGCUUUAAUCUUUAAUGGAGAUUACUUUUUACCACAUGGCUUUGUUCACCUAUUAGUAAAAGACUCACCCAGUUAGAAAAGAAUUAUGUCCAGCUUAGUGUAUGUUUCUUUAAAAAUGUCGUUAGCAUCGGUGCUGCAGUUGUUCUGAUUCAAGCUCAGCAGGAGUUAAAAAGCAUAACACUUGGAGAUGUGUUUCUAAGAAUAUACUUGGCUACAAAGCUUGUUCACAAUUUUUCAGAUUCUAUUUUAAAACUGUUUUUCUUCCUCCCCAGCAAUAAUUCAGCUGACACUUGAGAAUAUAGUUAAAAUUGUCUGGCCCAUCAUAAAGGAGUGCUCACAUUGUGAGCUUCAAACUUUGGUCUUAUUGUGCAUCUUGAUUUAGUAUCUCCAUGUUGUUAUUAUUGUGUCAGGAUCCUUAACUUUGUGCAAUAUUUCAUGACUUGCUCAGUGCAGGUAAUAGACAUUUGUUAUAGUCAUCGACUGUCAUUUUGGUUUUUUUUAAAAAUAUAUAAAAUUUUCUAUUGACGUUACUGUGUAGUUAUGUCGGCAGUCUAGUUUGGUUUGCAUGAAAGGUGCAAGUGAGUUUAAGGGGCAGUGAAAAUAAACUGCAUUCCGCCUUAAUUUAUAAGAGGAAAUAGUGUAUUUUACAUCAGAGGGGGCGCAUUUAUUUAUUUGACAGUGUUUGUGGUCAUACUUGAUACUUAUUGCAGUGUUUUUAAUGGAUUGUUUUGUUUUCUUGGUUUUGAACACUUUUGACACUAAGCUGAAGUCCGUUAAAUGUCUUCUAACAUUUCAAUAAAAACAUGGUGGCUUUUAAAAAAACAUUAAAGGAAAAUUAAAUGUGUAUUUAGAAGCUUGUUGUGGAUUUGAUCUACGUGAUUCUCUUGAAAAAAGAUGAGUAGAUGUGCACUUGCACUUUUAUGUACAUGUUACUGAAGUUAGUAUUGCUGUGAUAUGACAGUAUUGUUGCACAUUCUUGGAAAUAUGGAGAUGGGAUUUAAUAGUAGACUUGACAUGUAGAUCGGAGUUGGAACCUUCUGCAACCAGAUGGUGGGGACAGUGAGCAGAGUCUAUCCUGAAGCUUAUUUUUUCUGCAGCUCUUUGUCUCAGUUUUCCUUCAACUUUAAAAUUAAAGCCAAAAUGAGUUUUCUAAAGUAGAAUAUGAAUAUACAAUUUCAGACACCUUAUACAAUAUAUUUAAAAAAAACAAAACAAACAGCUUCUUCAAAAUGGCUUGGAAAGGAAAGAGAAAAUUGAAACCAGUCUGGCUAUUCCGUUUUUAGUGACUUUGGAAUGCUAAAAACUCUUUUAUUCAGAUACUUAAAUAGCUAAGUUGUAGCAAAUUUUGUCAUUUCAAGCAGGACCCUUUUUCUUUGUCUGUUUUGAGACUCGCAUCCUUUUCAACUCGCACUUGUGAGCGAUGAUGUUUGAAAACUAGAAGUGAAAACCUUUCUUGGCAGUGAAAUAUGGUACAGGAUGACCAGCAUACAAGACAGUGCAUAGGCUCAUCCUGAACAACAACCAGCUAGAAGAAUGCCAGAAAUAGUGGUUUUAUUUUACGUUUUUACUCCCCAGGCCUUGGUUUGGAUGGAUAUGGUCAGUUUUGAAUUCAAAUUACCAAAACGUAAAGCAUUGUCUUUGUCUUUUUGUUAUUUAAAUAAUAAAAAUUAAACCAAAAUGCUGAAAUGGUGUUUGUGGAAAAUUUAAAGCACAUCCUUACUGCUUCCACAGGAACUAAGACAGUAAGCAGCUCUGUACAAAGUUUUGGCAAAUUGCUGGUCUUGGGGUAUUCAUGUUGCCAAAGAGGAAAGACCUCAGCAAUGAUCUUACAAUGAUCUUAGAAGCAAUUGUUGCUGCCCAUCAAUGUGGGGAUGUCUGUCAAAAUACAACUGUUAAUGUUUUUAGAGUGUGGGAUUAAUCCCUGACCUUUGAUUAUACUUUUUUUAUUUUUAAGACCUAAGUUGUGCUCCUGAGCCACUAAUUUUUGCUGCCCUGUACCAGUAAUUUUUUUUUUUAAGUGACUGCAUCUUUGUACAUAAAUCAGUGCACUGUUGGAUCAUUCAAAGAACUUUCCAUUUCCAUUGGUGUAUUUCUACCAAUGCAUGAUCAUGCUAAUGACCCCAGAGGGAGCUUUCAGUCACAAAACUAACAAUGGGCCUUUUUGUAGACAACAGAGGUUUUCUAGAAACUUACUAAAUCUUGCCCUAAAUAUGACAGCUUUAAUCAAUUAUUUUGUGCUUGUCAACUUUCUUGCAUGAAAUAUUCUAUAAAAUCCAGCUAAAUUUCAAGCUAAGUGUACAGAAUUUAUUUAUUUCUCUUAGGAAAAAAAAGGGGGGGGGGAAGGAAAGUUGAGCACAUAAAUUCAUACAUAACACAACUUUUUUUAAUCAUUGCUACUUUUAAGUCAUUGCUGCUUAAAGUGGUUUUGCAAGCUGUUGAAUCACUGGGUGCACUUAGUUUUUCACACACUGCUUCUGCAUUUUGGUUUAAUUUUUGUUUAAUAACACUGUAAUAUGCCAUGUUGUUGUUCAUCAGAGGUUGUAUUCAAAGAAUUUUAAGAUCUCCUGAAGGACCAGAUUAUGUAAAAACCUUAUAACUGACAGAUGCUAUACUUUCUUUUUACCUUGCCAAGUAUAAUCCAGCAUGUAUCAUGAGCACUGCAUAUACUUAUCUUAAGCUUAAUAGUCUCUGAGGUUAAUUAUUAAAAUAAAAACUCUCACAGCACUGGUAUGUAGCAGGUUUUUAUUAGAAAUGAACACAAAAUUAAAAGCAGUGGUAUAAAAACACAAAUUAUGCUAUAAUUUUCAUUUGCUUGGGAUAUGUUGGUAUAUUUCUUAAUUUUGCUUUAAUAUUUAUGCAUAAACACCUUGUCUAACAGAGAGAAAGCUCCUGUUCUGUUGCUCUUUGUCUAUUAGUUCCUUAUAACAUUCAAGUCUUUCAAGGUCUCAGCAUUAUUGUCAAAAAUGAGGCAACGUUAAGGCAUUUCAAAACCUAGACUUAAGUUAAAACUGCAGUCAUGUUUCAUUAUGACGGGUCUACUGUGGAUUUUAAUUGUCCCCCUGGAACUGAUAAACACUGAUCUCCAUCCAAUGCAUGUCAUUGUGACGUAUGUUCAUGUCUGCAAGUGCAUUCAGACAAUGUGCAUUCAAGAUUGAAUAAAAUGCAUCUCCUCACAUCUCUCUACAUGCAAAGCAGAAUAGAGACAUGCUGUUUUGUACAUUGUAUCAAGUAGUACAGGUUUCUGCAUGGCACAGGCUUUGAGUGAACUUUUAGAGCCUCGGUUAGUGCCUUUGUAGGUGCAUCUACGUGCUGUAGAAGGCAUCGUGUAAAAGUGUCUCAGACUUGACAGAGGUUGUAGCUGGGCACGGGUUUCUCCAGCACGUUGUCUCCAUCCACUUCAAACACAUAAUCGCAGCGAUGUGUGAUCAGCGGAGCAUCAGACAGUGCCACGCUCUGAUUGCCAAAGGAGAUUACUGUGUCUCUCUGUAGGGAAGAUGACAGCGGUAGGUCUACAGUUAGUUCAAAGGUAGGAGGUGUUGGGGAGGACUGAUAAGCCAGGGUUUUUUGCAACAUGCAUACAUAUUGUCAUUAACUAUUUGGUUCACAUAUAUUGAGUUGCAGCUAUGGUGUUUUCAUUUCCCAUUGCCAAGUUUGACAUUAUAUUUGAUUUGUAGUUCAAAAUAAUUACAGCAUGUACCUUACCUAGGUACUUAUGGACCAAGGUCUACUGAAGGGCAGGUGGUUUAGCACCAGCCGCUUCUCCAGCCCUUUAAAGCUCACUUUCUCUUAAUUGGCUGACCGUCAUAAACAAAGGGAUGAACAGCAGGUGGGUGGGGCUUCUGUCCUCAGCAGAACUGUUUUCCUUAGAUGACUCUGAAGCCUUAGCAUUUGGUUUAUGGAGACUACUUGAACAUACCCCGACCAUAUAUUUGAAACUUGGUCGUGGUUAAUACAAACAUAAGAAAAUGAAAAAAUAA